AUGUCUGUGACGAUUACUCUGGACAACGCACCGCCUGGAAUGCUGUACCAGGCCGGGGAUGUGGUGGCUGGUGUGGUGACCAUUGUGGUGACGGGGAGAGAGACGACACAUUAUGGAGUCUUUCUCAAUGUGGGAGAGGAAGAAGAAUGCAAGUGGGAGGCCACAGAGGUGAAGCAUGUCAACGUCGAAUCUUCAAAGGCAAAGAACUCUCGUUUGGUCUUGGCAAAUGAGUCUGGCGUGCCAUCGGGAAAGGUUGCCAUCUUGGAUACCGUCUCCUACUCGGGCUCGUCCUCUGCAUCCACGUCUAUGCAGAUCGCAGACUCGGGUGUUCUCCAGCCGGGCUCGCACUCGUUCCCCUUUCGCUUUCAGCUCUCGCCGGCACUCUCUUCUACUAUUGAUGGCGUUUCGCUGCCGAGGGCUGGCGCAUCGUGGUCGGCUGCCUCGCUCGUCCGGGGCUCGUCGUCGCCGGCGUCGGGCAAGGCCGUCAUCGGCGUCCAUGCCACGAUGAAGCGGGCGGCGCUCAAGUCCAACUGGCGGGCACACACAUCUCUCCGGGUUGCCGCUCGCCAUGCGCCCGAGCUCAUGAAUCCGGUGUCGGCGUCCGAGUCGAAGACCUUCCUCAUGCACUCGGGCGCGCUGGACAUGACGCUCUCGCUGCCGCGGUCGGUGGCGGUGGCGACCGAGGUGCUCCAGCCGGCGCUCGCGAUCAACAACGGCUCGACCAAGAACGUGAACACGGUGACGCUUCAGUUUGUCCAGAUUUCGACCUUCCACGCCUCAACGCCGUCGCGCCGGCGGACCGAGGAGGAGGUGCUGGCAUCGAUGUCGUUCCCAGGCGCGCCGGCCGGCACCUCGAUCAACAACGUGUACUCGCUCGCGCUGCCUCCCGACCUCCAGCCGUCACGGCAUGGGCCGUCUACCAACUCAUCGGGCCGAGCUGUGGUAACCAACAGGUACGAGCUCCGGGCGGCGUGUAACGUCUCGAUGGGCUUUGACCUCGUUGCCCGCAUCCCCAUCUCCAUCUUCCACCACCAGGUCUUUUACCUCCCGCCGCCCAUGGUUCUCGACGAGCGGGUGCUCAACGCCGACGAACGCGGUGCAGAGCUGUUCCGCCAGCUGGUGCCCACUCGCGGGCCGAGCCAGGACCUCGCCGACCCUAGUGGCUGCGAGCUUCUGGUCCACGGCGUUCCGCUCUCGGGCAAGGUUGUCUACCGGUCGUACCGCAUGUACUGGAUCGAUGUUGGCGCCGUCCCGCCGCCGACCGCCACACCUGUCCCGGCCGGCUCGGGCAAGGAGGCCGACCCCGGCCUUGGCGUUCCCGCGCUCCGCAUCAACGCGCGUGGCUCGGGCAAGUCCUCGCUGGUCGUACGGUACAUGAAGGACAACCAGCCGUCGCAGCUCGGCUCGUCGCACGGCUCGGCCACCGAUCUCGGCGGCUACCAGUACGAGCUGGUCAUCCGCGCACCAGAUCUUGUGCCUGGGCGGUACUACAUCGGCGUGUGGGGCAACCAGUUCCUCCCGCCGACGUCUACCUACACCAUAGAGGCGCAGUUCCUCAAUGGCGCGCGCUCGCUCGCCGACGUCGAAGCCGAGGCUGCCGCUGCCGCCGCUGCUUCGUCCUCGGCUGGCCCGCCGUCCUACGAUGACUUGCCACCGACCGAUGCUGGCUACGCACCGCCGCGGUACACCUCCACCGCCGCCGGCGCCUCUGCACCGCCACCGAUGUCGUCGAUGCCUCCUCCGCCGUCGUCAUCGUCGAUGGCGCCGCCGCCAUCGGCAUCGCCCUACCAAACCCCGCCGCCGGAUGCAUCGAGUGCCCCUUCUGCACCCCCUCCUGCUUUUAACGAACAGCCGCCGGCAUACCAGCAGUAA